GCAUAUUUACCAGUUACUGAUCAAGCUAAGUAUCGAACAAUUUCAAGUUAUUUGAUUCUAAAGAAAAAAAGAAACAAUAAUGAAAGGCGAAUUAAGGACUUUCUGUCUCGCCUUAUUUUUAUUUUCAAGUUUCAUAACUGCCCAUUCUUGGAGAUGUCGAAUGGUAUGGGAAGACGAGCCGUGUGACAAUGAACACAUCAAGUUCUUCUUGUAUACAAGAAACAAUUUCGACCAAGUUGAGCAGAUCUCGAUGGAAGAUUUUAAAGAAAAAAUCAAAGAUACACACUACGACCCGACCGCGCCGACCAAACUGCUCAUACCCGGACAAAAAGAAAACGGGGAUAGCGAAUUGCUGCUCAAUUUGAAAAACGAAUAUUUGAAAAAAGUACAGGCCAAUGUUGUACUUGUCGAUUACUCCGAGAUCGCUCCUCGUUUCUGCUACAGCACAUCGGUUUUCAACGUACGCUACGUCGGAAAAUGCGUCGCGAAUUUUGUCCAAGGAUUGAAGGAGUUAGCGAACGACAAGGUUUUGGAUCUGCACGUCAUCGGGUACAGAUUAGGCGGACACGUACCCGCGAACGUCGCGCCCCAUCUCGAACCUUAUAAAAUCCCUCGGAUCACCGGUCUUGACCCGAGUUUUCCGUUUUCCAAAUUUAAGUUACUUGUAAGAUCGCUGAAUCGAGAAAACGCCGAUUUUGUCGAUGUAGUUCAUACUGCAGGACUGUUGAGAGACAACUACUGGCCCUUGGGGCAUGUCGACGUUUACGUAAACGGGGGUGCUCAUUUACAGCCCGGCUGUAGAAAAGGAUGGUGGCUUAAAGAUUGGAUACUCGCCAAUAGAUGUUCGCACCAAAGAUCGCUUGUUUAUUUUACGGAAUCCGUCAACAGCAACACCGGCUUCUACGGGUACGCAUGUAAAAGCAGAUUGAGAGCGUUUUGGGACCUUUGUUCCAAAAAUUCAACAUCCGUCUUGAUAGGCGAUUCCGUAAAUACAAGUUUGAGGGGGAUGUUUUACGUCGGGACCAAGUCGGAUGCACCGUUCGCCAUGGGAAAUGUUGACAACAGUGUUUAACAGCCAAUUAGAUUAUUGUAUUUUUAAUUAAGAUAUGUUUACCUAGAGAAUAUUUUAUUUCACUAUUUUGUGUAAUCUGAUUUCUGAUAAAGAACUUACGAGACUAUUAAAUAAAAAAUAUCUUUUUGUCACA